ACCGCAAGAACUGCUGCUGGCAGAUGGGCUGAGCUCGACGUUCCCUGCACUCUCCGACCAUUUCCAGGGAUAAAAGUAGCAGAUUCCAGGACUCACAGGACUUAAAGGCGUCAACGAUAAUUUUGGUGGUCGAACUGGUGAUCGAAUUUCAGUGUUAGGCAUGAUCUUAUACGGCGAAUUCUUCAAAACGUUAGCCAUUUUCAGCUGUCUGUCGUCCCGUUCUCUUCUUGAUCUCGCGCGUUUACAACAAACCGAUCUCGAAUUUGGCGCUACAAAAUGCUCCGGUGCAAGGUGUUAUGGGAGUUUUUUUCAAGCGGGCUCUUUAAAGGAUAGCCUCAAACUAACAACUUAAUUUUGUUUGCAAAGAGAUAACUCGUUUGCUCCCCCUUUUCUCUUUUUAUACAUUGAAAGAAUUGAAUUAUUCACUCAUUUUUCAUAUAAUGAAAAACUUAUAUAGUUUUUUUCGUUCAUCUCAUGUUGUAAAAAAGCAUAUUUUUGUCAGCUUUUUAAGUCGAUCCCUGAUAAAGUAAGAUUUAGACAAAACCUGAACUUCCAUAUAUGGUAAUUGGUGUUAUCAGCUGUCUUGUCGGUACUACAAGCAAUAUUUGUUUUUGCCUGGAUUAUUUACCUUGAUUACUGUGUAAGAUAUUGAUCUUAUCUUAGACGAAAAUGAUAAAAAGUUUAAAUUUGCAGGACAUUUUUCUUGCAGUCUCGCUUGAUAUGAUUAUGAUUCCCGAUUUUCAUAAAACCGGGCGAAUCUAAAAGUAAAGGGGGGUAUUUCGGUGUAUAUAAUGGUCGCUAGAAAUGAAUUAUUCAUAUUUUGGACAUGUAUAUUUAAUGUAUGAUUUUUUUACAACUUAAUGAGGAUUUUCUUUCACCUCAGGUUUAUACCUCAUUAUUAUCAGAAGGGAUCUGAAUCAGAUAAACGUAUUUGAACCCCGGGAUUUGAACCCCUUUUAAAUGUUUUGUCCAAGAGAGCGAGAGCGCGCGAACAUGCAUGAUAUGCUACUGUACUAACUCGUACCAUAUAUGCAUGACGUACGUAAUCUAGCGCAGGCUGGAAGCUCGAAGUACGGAUCCUUCCAGCGCAGCAUGCCUGCCGCCGAGCCCUCGCUCUCGUUCGAUGUAAACAUUGCAUAGCUAUUUUUCCGCGCGUGCUUCCUAUUCACUUUGUGUACAGUUUUAUCGCCAUUUUUAAUGACGGGGGUUUCAUUGAGAGAACGCAUUUUAUAGCGUUAAAUAUCUUUCUAAUCCUUCAUAGAACGAAGGAUUUUAUCACAAUGGAGGUUACUUACACUAUAGGAGUAAGUAACCGUUUCCUUUUGGACAUGGAUACGGUGUCCGAUCCACAGGAUAUCUUUGCUGAAAAGGAACAACGAAUGAAGGAGAAGAAGGAGAAAAGCAGCAAACCCAAACAGCCAAAGCCUGCGAAGAAACCAGAACCAGCCAAAAAGGCCCCAGAACCUGAGCAAAAAUCGAGGAAAGAAGACACUAGGCCUGAAAGGAGUGAUCGCCCGGACACUGGAAGGAGAGGUGGAAGAGGGGGUCGCGGAGGCAACCAGGACAGACCCAACUACAGGAGAAACAACAACAACAGAAGGUCAGAGGGGCAAGACAGCCACCUAGAAAACCAGGAGAACCAAGCACCUUCAGAGUACAGGAGUAGCGGUGGGGACAGGCCACCCCGUGAUUUCCAAGGGGAUAGACCCCCACGUGGAGACUACCAAGGAGACAGACCGUACAGAGGCAGGGGUAGGGGCAGAGGAGGCCCUCGUGGUGGACGUGGAGGAUUCAGUGGACGAGGAGGAUCAUCUGAUUAUCGGAAGAGAGAGUUUGAUAGGCAUAGCGGAUCGGACAAGAGCAGCUCGUUCAAAGGCCAGGACAAGAGGGAAGGAAGCGGCUCCCACAACUGGGGAAAUAUCAAGGACGAUGUCAAGGAUCUGAACACUUCGAACACAAGCGAGGAAGGCAAUACGCAAGAAUGGAACCAACCUGCUGACGGUGAACAAUCGGAAAAUGCCCCAACGACUACUCCCAAGGAAGGCGAAGAGAACGAAGGUGCGCCGGAGGAUGGAGAGGAAAAGGAACCGGAAAAGGACGAGAUGACCCUGGAUGAAUACAAGGCUAUGGUCUCCAAGGAACGUGUCAAAACCGAAUUCAAUUUACGGCGAGCUGGCGAAGGUGAAGAUAACUCGCAAUGGAAACAGACCUACGUUCUCAAGAAGGAAGCGACCAAGGAUGACAGCGAAAAGCCUGAAAAUCUCUACCAAAAGGAUCACCACACCAAGCAGGAUGCCUCCGGACUGAUCAACAUCACCUUCUCUGACCAAACCCCAGGUGGGCGAGGCCGCGGUGCAAGGAGAGGUGGGCGCGGAGCGGGUGGGCGCGGAGCGGGUGGAGAACGCGGCGGAGACCGUGGCGGAGACCGUGGUGGAGACCGUGGCGGAGAUCGUGGUGGAGACCGUGGUGGUGGUCGCGGACGUGGCGGAGACCGCAUGUCACGUGGAGGCCGUGGCGGACGCGGUGGGAGAUACCGCGACGAGUCGGCCAUCGCCGUUGACAAUGAGGAGGAAUUCCCCUCCCUUUCGAAGUAAAGAGGGUGCAAGAAACGCACGGUUGGUAACAACACAAGAAGUGAAGAGAGAAUAAUGUGCUGUGUAAUUUAUUCCCUUUCGUAUAAAUAUUUUUCACCUGCAGUUAAACACAGGUGUUGUUUUUUGGAGAUCACGCUCUGUGAGGUUGCGUUAUACUACAUGUGGGGUAUAAUGGCAAUGAACAGUUGUAGGUUCCUUAUUUUGACCCAGCUGACUCCUAUCUACCCCAUGGCAAUAUGAUAGCCCUUAUUUCUUUUAUGAUGUAGCUCAAGACGGAGCUUGUAAUUACAUUUUUUUACCAUCAAAAGAGAACAUUUCUGUUGAACAUUACAGAUUAAAAAAGUAAUGUAUAUUAUCUUUUUUAUUCAUCAUCGGUCUUUUUGAAUUGUCUUCUUCCAACUGAUCUGUUUUGAGUAGCUAUGUACCAAGAUAAGAUUUGAAGCAGCAUACAGUUGCAAUGUGUGCCAUGCUAAUGUUUAGGAGAAUGCAUUAUUAUUGGACAGAAUCACGCGGAUAAAGAUUCCCCUUUUUACGUUUGAAGGUGAAAACGACAUGAAUCAGAGAAAAUAAUUGUUUAAAGAGCUUUUGUAUGGAGUUCAUAAUGCACAAUGCUUGCAUCUGAAGAAAGAUGUUUUCACUAUUUUCUAAUUUUAUGUGCGUGUCCACUCAAUGGCCGUAAGACACAUUGGCAAGGGAAUAUUGUCAUGGUACUGCGUUCGGUAUGCCAUUAUCCUUACAUGUGUGAACUUGAAUCGUAAUGAUGUACCAUGAAUUCUGCAUUAUGAUACUAGUAUUAUUUCUUUGGCUGUCAGACCAGGACACCAUCUCACAAAGAGUUGUGUUUGAUCCAAUUAAUCACAACCAUAGCAAACCAACAACUACUAACAUGUCAGUUCAGUGUCUAUAUACUAUAUACUAUAUAUGCAUUUAUCGUUGUUUCCAGAGGGAAGUUUUAUACAUUUGCUAUACAAACAUCGAUGGAUUUCAAUAGCUAGUAGAGAUCGAUUGUAUCAAUCACAACUCCAGUGUAAGAAGGGGUCAUGGGUUGUUUGUGGAAGGAAGAUAUUGUACUGUACAAAGGAAUUAAUGUUAUCAGUCAAUCUGCAAUGCAAUUCUAUUAUUUUCUGCAAGUGAGGAAAGGGAAGAAGAAAAUUUGAAUGGCCACAGAAGGGAAUGUUGAAGAUAAUGAUAAAACUCUUUAAUAUAUUGGAUGGUUAGGUUUGUGAUUGCUAACACAUGUACUGAGAAAGCGUUGGUAACGUACCUCUACCCCAAGUUCAGCAACUUCAGGUUCUUGUUUGAAGGGAAUAAUAACCUCUUUACGGCAUGGCAGUGUUUGCUUGAAUGAAUGAAUAGAAAGUGGAUAAUUACAAAAGGAAAAUAUUUGAUGCAGAAAAAGCACAGAUCAAGAAAUAGAAGACGGGGUGCCUUGGCUGCUCAAUGCAUCUUUUUGAUAACUCCUUGAAGGAGAAGCUUGGAAACAAAAUAAUUCAAUUUUCAUAAUGGAAAAAAUAUAUAUACAAUUUGUAUUUGAUGCUAAAAGUAAGCAUUUAAAAGACAUUUGAAAAAAAAAAAAUCUGUGAGAAUUGUUUAUUAAAGAAGUACUAAGAAAUUUCGAAUAGCUUUUGUAGUCUUAUUGACAUUGAUGUUGGAUGAUAGACUUGCCGACGGAUGUAAGGCACGAUAUGAAAGAUGAACUAUGAGUAUUCCAAUGAAAACAAUAAUGGUCUGCGUUGAAUUAUUGCUGCUAUAUGCCUUGUUCGUAUAACUUGAAUAAAUUUUUGUUCAAGUACACGGUUUUGAUAAUACCCAAGGGGAAGAUAUGAAUUAUGUAUAAUGCCAAUUAUCUGAGGAGAAACCUUUUGUGUACGUUUUCUCUGAAGAUAAAGUUUGUACAGAGUUAAUGUUUGACCAAUGAUUUUAGGGAGAGAUGAUGGGGUUGUCAUAGAUUAUUAAGUUUCAUUUGCAUGCCAUUUCUAGUAUCAUCCAUGUACAUUUUUUACAUCAUUAAAUGACAAAUUAUUUUAAUUAGCUUGCUUGAGGCAGUUAAUCUUCUAUUCCAUUUGUUCUCAAAUUUGUCAGCUGAUUGGGAGACAACGUGUUCAAAAUAUACUUGCACUUGAUUGCAAAUAUACAGUUAAUGCCACAUAUUCUUUUGCAAAUGGCAGGUUACUGCUCGGUUGCAAGUUUGCAAUCCAAUUAUAGGGGAACUAGAAUUAUUAUUGAUUUCAAUCUUUUGCCAUGCCCCCGAAGUCUCCUAUCUCACGGCUGUGUACUUUUCUUCUGCUUACUCCUAGUUAUGGUGGUAGUAAUGAUUAAUAACUUCACAUGUUUAUUUCUUGUUAAUAUGAAAUGAAUUCCAUCUAUACCUGUGUUGCAAAGUGUGUAUAAUGCUCCUUUUUGUGACAUUGUCCAUAUUCCAUGUUGGAAGAAUAUAUUUUUCAUUUGAAAGGGAAUCAGAGGCCAAGUUUGGGACUAUUUUGUUUACGUUGAUUGCAGUUUCCAACAGCAUUUUUUUUAUGAACUUGGUCAAGAGAAUUGUGCAAGCUUAGAUAUUUUACAUGUACUAUUCGAGCUGCAUGAUUUUUUUUUCUCUGUAUCCACUUGCACAUGCAAAAAAAUAUUGGAACUAAGGUGAAAAUAUCAUCUUAAAAAAUGUAGUUUUGGCUCACCUGUAUUGCUAUUUUGGAGAAGUAACCGUAAAUGGGAAAGGUUUGGCCAGUACAUGGUUCAUCACAAGAAGCUGGUGCUUAGGAAACAGAAGUUAAUGCACUAUAAGACAACCACAACAAAAAUUAACUUGGCAACUUUUGUUUUGUAAACCCUUUACUCCACCAAAAGAUCCAUCAUCAUCCCCUUUAACGCACAUCUGCACCUCAUGUCUGAUAGAUUUGUUAUUCUUGUCAUACAAGAGUAUAAUUGCAAUAUGAUAAAGCAAGGUUUGAAUUAUUUCAUGUUGAUAAAUGAUUAUUAGGUGAUCUCAUAUUCCAACCAUUAUUAUAUUAUUUACCCUGUGUGUAUUUCAUAAAGCUGUUUGUAAGUCACAAAUGACUGGUAAUCCUUUCUUGGGAGCUAAAUACAUACUAGUUACAAUUUAGUGUAUAUCAUAACGCACAAGAAAGGAUCACCAGUAAUUGGUAAGCUGUGCGUAACUAACAAGCACCUUUAUGAAAAGGCCUCCAAGAGGGGUAUUACUGCUUGGGCUACCACAUCUGUUCCUGUCAUGUUUAUGAAUUUAUAUAUGUGAGUGUGAAUCUCAGAGCUGCCAGCUAUUAAAAAAAAGGUCAUAAUAUAUACGAUUUUCAUGUCAAAUUACACCAUUACGCUUCUGAGGUAGAAUAGGUAUAUGCAUUUAAUACCCGCGUAGUAAUGCAUUACACAGUGACAACAUGUACUUGCCUGACUAGGCAAGCUAGUGCUUCACAAUUGUUAUGUAACACCCUGGAUUAAUAUACCUGACAACCAUCCUGUAGGGUUGGCAUUCAUGCGCAUUGUGCAUGUUAUACAUUACCUCUUCUCAGAAAUUUAUAAUACCGUGUGGCAGGUAUGAAUUAUAUAACUUUUAUCUCAGAAUUGUGACUUUUGAGCUCCUAGGUUACUUCUUUUUACUUUGUCUUUUAAAUGUUGGCAGCUCUGGAAUCUGUUUAAAUUAAUGAUUCUUGCAAAGUGUGAAUCUUUGCUAUUUGAAUUUGUUAGUAGCCAAGCUUUUUUAUAUUCUUGAGAUUUUCCCUUUUUUUUUAAUGAGUUCUUUGUAUUCUUUUCAUCGAUAAAUCUCAUAACUAUCCUUUCCCCGUUUAGUACGAGGAAGACUCUAAAUCACCUAGACGAGGGUGGUGUGAGUGACUGUCAGAAGGAUAUGGGAGCUGGAGACCGUUUCAUAAAGCUGUUCGUAAGUUAAGAGCGACUUUAACAAUGACUGGUGAUCCUUUCUUAUGGUAAAUGACGGUUCACCAUUAUGUUAAUUGGUGAUUAUUUAGCACAUAAGAAAGGUUCACCAGUCGUUCUUAAAGUCGCUCUUAACUUAAAAACAGCUUUAUGAAACACCCACCAGGAUCUAUUUAGCUGUUCUAAGUCUUCUGUUGCAUCCCAUGUAAACACCUUUUUUUUAUGACGUGUCCGCGAACCUUAAGGCCAUGUUGCGCCAAACUCGGUCUCUGUCACUGCAUUCCCAACGAUACCAAAAUGACUCGUUGAGCAGUUGCGAAAAAGGGUGUCGCAAGUAAUAUUAGGAUUGCUCAGACAUGGUGCAUAUUUGGUAUUAACGAUUACUUUGGGAUAGUAUUUCCAAAAUACUUUUUUUUUAUUCACCAUUGGAUGGGGUCGAGACUAUCUUCGUGUAGGGAUCAUUUGCGAAACCGUCCACAUGGUCAUGUGACAAAGUUAAUUCUCCCUAUGUCCUUCUGACUCCUUCACCCAACUGCCAACCAACCUGGAGAGCAUUUCAUGGAACUGAUAGUCAAUGAUUUUCACCGACAGUUGAAAGCUACUGCAAAUCCUUUGAUCUGAUUGGCUGCAAGUCAAACAGUCUGUGAAAAUCACUGAAAACUUUUCCAUGAAAUGCCAUUUAUAUGAUGCAAUUAACUAUGUCUAGCUUCCAGUUUCUCUGCAUGAGUUUUUCCACCUGUUUAUAUAUUCACAUCCCUGUAAUCAAAUGAGAUGCUCUACCGGUACACUCCCAUAACCUCUGAAAUUUUGAUAGAAGAUGACACGAUUAUACAUAAUUUUCAAGUCACUCUAAAUUGUGAAGAAAUUAUUUGUUGAGCCAAAGCACUGUAUAACAACUAUCAAGUGAAUUUUCAGUCUCGUGCUCCAGUCACACAAACGUAACGACUCCAGACCUAUCGGUAUCUAUAACGUUAUGUUGAAUGGCAUCUCAUUCAUCCAUCGGUUUGGAGUCUAUUUCGUUGGUGUGCCCAUCAGUAACUAGAUGUAUGUAUGUAGCAUUUCUACAGACAACAUUCUUCAGGGACAUUCUUUCCCUGCUUCCACAAUUGCUAUGCAAUGAGGCAAUGCUGUACUUUAUGCGUAGAACUGUUGCCUCUGCUGAAUAUUGAGAACGUAGAAAUGUACAAGGUGCAAACUAGAUGUACUUGCACUCGUGUAAGUAAUCUCUCAAUUGAUACACUAGAUUUCUCUAGUAAGUCUGGUCAUCUGUCUUUGCUUUUGCUCUCCGCAUCCUUCUAUACUAGAUGUCAUGUUUACCUGGGUGAUCGGUUGACAUUUUAGUAAGCAAAUGUAGAAAAGCAAUAUCAGCGAAAUUUUGUUGGUACUCGUGUCCGACACCAUCUUCCCCCCAAGAAAAUGUUUGAAGGACCUGAUGAAAGAUAUCAGUAGAUGGCAAUAUGUGAUAGGUUCUUGAUGAUAAUUGUUACAGUGCUCCAGCACAAUAGAGAUUGCCUGCUACCUGUGUUUGAACUGACUGUCCUUAUGUUUUUCUUCAGUAGCGCUGGUCUUGUACCAAACUACAGCACACUCACUAUGUAAUAUAUCCCUUGUUACAUAAUCCUUUUAUUGUGUUGAAAUGAAAAUCCCAACAUCUGACUUUUAUGAGAGAAAGAAAAAAAAGUAUUUACAAGAUGAGAUGAAAAAAAUAAAACUAAAACAUUUCAAAAUA